AUUUUCUUUAUCCUGCCUCAACCUCCUCCAUCAUUACCGUGCCGUACUGGACACCACAGCUCCAAGAAAGAAGUCAAGAUGAGUGACGACGACGGCAUUCUAAGUGACAGCGAUUCAGAAGCAUGCGCUAUCGGUAGUCAGAUCCGCAAAGCCUUGAAGCGAAGGAUUCUCCUUGACGCAUCUGAAGCAAAAGAGGACAACAAUUUGCCAAAGAGAAAGAAGCCAAAGCAGGAGCAAGUCUCUUGGCGUGACGACCCCGUCGAGUCGUACAGUGAUUGGAAGCUGAUUGUGGUGGAUCUAUCUAUGGACGAAGGCAACGAAGAAUCUGUCACUACGUACAACAUCCACAAGUGCAUGGCUGUGUCUGGGCGACAUUGCAGCGAUUUCCUGGCAGAGCAGUUCCGCGUCGCACGCAUUGGCGAAAACAAGGACUUGGCCGCAUCAACUCAUCUGGAACUCGCGCCUGCAUUGGCCGAGUCGGUCCCAAAGCUGCUAGACUAUAUUUAUGGAGCGAACCUGAAGUACAAUCUUCGUGCAAAGGAAGUGGUGGCAUUACACUCGCUUGGCCAUACCUUCAAAAUACCCAGCCUGCAGAAAGCGACAGAGCUAAUUUGCCAUAAAAAGAUGACGACACAAAACGCGUCUUCCUUUUACCGAUGGGCCGCUUCGCUGAAAAACGACAAGCUUGAAAAUGUGACAGUAAAGUAUAUCGUCGAUCACAUUCUGGAGAUUGAUGGGGAAUCCGAUCUUGUAUGCAACGGAGAAAUGCUUCUUUGGAAUCAAAUUCUGGAUCAUUUGGACACGAACAAGCUCUACGAUAACCAGGAGGACGCCCAAGCCCGAAGUUUUGAUCUCAGCAUCCUUUUUGCCAAAGUCUGCAAGCGCCACAUUGAAACUAUCUCGUUGUUUUGGUUCUCCGAGGUGAUGACGGAUAAAUUGGUGCUUCCUCACAUUGAUCCGUCGGUGGCAUUUGAUUUUUGCGAGAUGGAUGAAACACUCCAGGCCAAGUUUGCUCCUGAGGAGGAUCUUUCCUUUUCCUGUCUUCAGGAGCGUUGCGCCAGAUCCAUUGCCAGUGUCAAGGCCGCCAACAAAGGCGACAUGGCAAAGCAUCUGGGAGAGCGCAGCAAAGCCUUUUGUGUGGAGGUCAUCUUGGCGUCCAAGGCCAGCAUCAAUGUCAUUGAGUAAAACAAAGCAAUCCCAAGUGAAUCGAUGUUGGGAAAGAUUCGUCGACUGAUUGGAUUGCCCUUGAUUGCGAACAAUGCAGCUACAACAAAUGACUUUGUUUUCUCCUGGUGGCCAUGAUUUCUUCACACUACCGAACCAGGGUGAGGCACAGUGUAAAAUAGUUUUAUUUCAUACCAGUAGAUGGCACCGUAGUGAAUGAGACCAACAAGACAAAGUCUUAUCGGUG